CGGAAGUAAGGGGCAGUUGGCCGGAAGUGGGGCUGUGCGGCCCGGGGGUAGCUGGAGGAGUCGCCGAGCCGCGGCCACUCGCGGGAGUGGCGACUGGUGUUGCGGCGCCCGUGCUCCACAGGCUCAGGCUAUUUCUGAUGCUUGGAAGCCAUCCUUUCAGCCGUAAGGAUGGUAAUAAAUCUUUGCCUCCCACAGUUCAGACCAAGAAUUUACUGCAACAAGAUAUCAGCUGAUGGUUAUGAAGUAGAAAAUCUCAUCUCUGAAGACCUCACAAAGAGAAGUCAUGGUUUUAGGACAGAGUAUUUCAUUAAGCCACCAGUCUAUGUGACAGUUUCCUUUCCCUUCAAUGUGGAAAUCUGUAGGAUUAACAUAGACCUCACAGCUGGGGGAGGCCAGAAUGUCACUGGCCUGGAAAUGUAUACAUCUGCCUUGUCCAGCAGAGUGUCUUGGAAUACCCCCGAGUGCCAGACCCCAGGCCCAGAUGAGCCAUCCAUUCCGGAGAAAGAAGCGUUCACUUUGGUGGGCAAAGUCUUGUUGAAAAACCAGAGCCAAGUGGUGUUUAGCCACAGGGGCUUCAAAGCCAGGCCACCUUUUGGCCCGAUGGAAGCCACACUUCCCUCCCCUGCUGUUGUGGCCCAGGAGCUCUGGAAUAAAGGGGCUCUUUCUCUUAGUCAUGUGGCCCAUCUCAAGAUUUGUAUCACCCAUGUGACAGGCAGUGGUAUCCCUUGUAUCAAGCGGUUGGAAGUAUGGGGUCAGCCAGCCAAAACCUGCUCUCAGGAGGUGAUAGACAGUGUUUUGCUGGUUGCCUCAGAGAGCCUCCCUCAGGACUUGUCUCUACAGGCCCCAGCCUUGCCCAUGGAGAGUGACUGUGAUCCUGGGGGCCAGUCUGAGGGCCAGCAGGCCCCCUCCAGCCUCCUGGAGCUGGCUGAGGUAAUUCGGGAUGUACCUGAAGAGUUCCUGGAUCCCAUCACCCUGGAGAUCAUGCCUUACCCCAUGCUGCUGCCCUCAGGCAAGGUCAUUGACCAGAGCACGCUGGAGAAGUGUAACCGUAGUGAAGCCACAUGGGGCCGAGUGCCCAGUGACCCUUUCACAGGAGUAGCCUUUACUCCGCACUCCCAGCCCCUGCCUCACCCCUACUUGAAGGCCCGGAUCGACCAUUUCCUGCUCCAGCACUCCAUCCCUGGCUGCCACCUGCUUGGGAGAGCACAGACUGCAUUGGCAGUGACCCCUUCUUCCAUUGCUCUGCCCUCUCAGAAAAGGAAGAUGGAGCAGGGUGAACAUGCCCCAGACAGUAGCCUUGGCUUAAAUGCUUCCUGUUUUUCUACCACAAGCCUUCUGGUCUCACCCACUACCUCAGAGCACACUGCUAAGAAAAUGAAAGCUGCCAGUGAGCUCAUGGAUUGUUCAACAGGUCCAGUAUCCCAUGAGCAAAAGCUGUCGCAAAGCUUGGAAAUUGCCUUGACGUCAACCCUUGGCUCCAUGCCCUCCUUCACAGCUCGGCUGACCAGGGGACAGCUCCAGCACCUCAGCACAAGAGGGAGCAAUACUUCCUGGAGGCCAGACUCCAGCUCGGAGCAGCCUGGGAGCAUCCUGGGCCCCGAAUGCACAUCCUGCAAAAGAGUGUUCUCUCCCUACUUCAAAAAGGAGCCCGUGUACCAGCUUCCCUGUGGCCAUCUCCUGUGCCGGCCCUGCCUGGGUGAGAAGCAACGCUCCCUGCCCAUGACAUGCAUAGCCUGCCAGCAGCCAUUUGCCAGCCAGGACGUUCUGCGGGUUCACUUCUGAGUGACUGGCCUCAACCUGAGAAGACCCAUCGCUGGGAGGAGCUGAGGAGGAGCGAGUGGGGGGUCAAAGCUCCUGGGGUCUGGCCAGGUCCCAGGCACAGGGGGGCCUCUGCUUUCUCGCGGGCUUUCCCUUUGUCUCCUCCCACAGCAUAGCACAUGGGCCUGUGGUGUGAGGGGUCAGGGAAGGGGCUCUCCACGCCUGCUCAAGUGGCAAUAGGAUAACAAAGCCAUAGUUUGAGCUGGGAGGGAUGGGGGAGAUGUCCCUGCCCUCCUGUGCCUCCCUGCCAGCACCCCCCUGCCAGAACCCAGGGCCUGCUAGAGCCAGCCCCACCCUCUGAGGCCCCCCAGGUCGUCUGCACACACCCCUCAGCCUACAAGGUGGAUGUGAAUGUGGCUCGGGAUCUCAGAGAGAGCCUCCACCUUCAGUGUCACCCAAAAGUGGAGCAUGGCAAGGAUCUGUGGAGUAAAUGACUCAGCUCCUCUGACUGGCAAACCACUCCGAGCCUUAAUAAAGCAAUGGUUGACGUCC